AUGUGCUUACCAAUUGUGCGUUGCACAUCGUAUCAACAGCAACAAUGGCCUAUUCUUUAUGAUUUUAUAUCUGCUAGUGUGAAAGUAAUAACAAAUCAUUGGAUGUAUCGAUGGCUUCUUAUGUGUAAAGCAAGUGACAGUUAUGCUAGAUUAAUUAUGUUCUAUAUUUUCGUAUUAUCAUAUACAUUUUGCUCAGAUGUUCAGAGCGCUAUUAUUCGAACUGUCACUCGUGAUAAAUACAUGUUAAAGCCGCUGAUCAAUUUUCCAUUUUUAUCUCAGUCAUUACGUGAAUUUUGGGGUCGACGAUAUAAUCAACUUAUUGGCACUAUAUUUCGAGAAUCUAUUUUUCAACCCGUUCUUCAACAUUUAUCAUCUAAAACUAUCGUCUCGUUAAUAGUGUUCGUUGUUAGUAGUCUUCUUCAUGUUCAUCUAGCUGCUGUUACUUUUACAGAUUCUCGCGCAAAUAUGUCUAAUAUGAUCUUUUUCAUUUUACAUGGCAUAGCUUGUACUAUCGAAGCGCACACACCAUUUAAACUACCUGCACCAUUGUCAUGGUUGUUUACGCAACUCUUUCUGCUUGCAACAGCAUCUCUACAAAUUGGGGCAUUCACGAGAGUAGGACCAGAUUUUUAUACUGUUAAUGCACCACUAUUAUUUCAACAGAAAUGGAUACCGAAAUUACCUGUACCAAAGUUUUGUCCAAAAUAA